AGUGAAUCGACCCAGGGAGGCAGGUCUAAGAAGAGGCAGGUCUAAGAAGGGGCAGGUCUGGCCUGGGGCAUACAUCAAUAGAAGCCGACCAAGAGAGGCAGAUCUGAAGGCAGGUGGCUCCAGUAGGUGCAAGACAAGAGGGAGGCCUGACUAUCGCUAAUGGUGGUGCCUUAGGGUGCGUGGAAGGACGCGGCUAUAGGUCCACCUUCCCGCCCACGGCGGCGUCUCCACCAGAGGCGCUCUCACACAGCUCGGGGUGGGCGGAGGGGACGCGUACCAAGCCCGCCAGCGGGGGUUGAGCUGGGGGUGAACCAGGCCGGCGAUGUGGGGCUGGUGGCGGGUGGUGCCGCGAACAAUACAGCGUUACCCGUGGCCCACCAAUGUGGCGCUCUACGGGAUUCUGUACUCGUCCGGGGACGCGCUGCAGCAGCGCCUGCGGGGCUGCGAGCACGACUGGCAGCAAACGCGGCGCGUGGCCACCGUGGCCAUCGGCUUCCACGCGAACUUCAACUACGUGUGGAUGCAGCUCCUGGAGCGCGCGCAGCCUGGCCGCGCGCCGCGCACCCUGCUGACCAAGCUACUGUGUGACCAGCUGCUGGGCGGGCCCAUCGCGCUGUGCGGCUUCUACAUAGGCAUGAGUAUACUUCAGAAGAAAGAGGAUAAGUUUUUGGACCUGAGGCAGAAAUUCUGGAAUACUUAUAAGACUGGUCUCUUGUACUGGCCUUUUGUGCAGCUUACCAACUUCAGUUUUGUUCCCAUUUACUUGAGAACAGCAUAUACGGGCCUCUGUGGCUUUGUCUGGGCUACUUUCCUUUGCUUCUCACAACAAAGUGGUGAUGGUACAGUGUCCUCGGUUUUGACAUGGCUUAAGAAAAAGGAGGCCAUCGAAGUUGAAGGGUCCCCAGAGAAAUGAUUGCUUUUAAACAAAUCGUUCUCAUCAAGUGGCCAAAAUUUAUUUCCUGAAAUGUAGUGAGUUGAACCAAGGAAAUAUUAUGUUAUUUAAUAAUUUUUUAUUUCUAAAUAUAGCAAGUUUCAUUAUGAAGUAUUAUUGUACCAUAGAGAAAAAUAAAUUUUAAAAUUAAUAGCUUUAUGUAUAUUUUAUCAUCAAAAUGUCUUUAUUUUUGUU